AUGGCGGUGAGCGCGAACCCAUCGGGCCCUCCCUCUCACCAGACCGCCGGCGACGGCGCCGCCGGCGGGAACUCUACUGACUCCAAUCCGGCGGCGGCGGUGGCGGCGUCCGACAAUUCGGCGCCGACUCAGGUCCUGAAGCACAACCCAGGUUUGGCGGCGGAGUGGACGCCGGAGGAGCAGUCCAUCUUAGAAGACGGCCUCACCAAGUAAUUCUUUUUACGGCCGAAUAAUUUAAAAUUACCCUCUCAAUCUUUCUUUUUUGUCUCGCUGAUUCGUCGGAUUGAUGUUCUUUCCGUGCAAUCCAACUCAGGGUCGUCCUCCCCUUUUGCACAAGUGAAUAAUGUAACCUUUAUUCUGUGAUUUAGCUUACUUUUAGCAGGGUUUGUUGUCUCUUCUUCACCUGGUUUUCAGGUCCUCCCUCCUACCCACGAAGCAUUGCCCACUGGCGUCUGUUCACUCUCUGUUUAAACGAAGUCAUGUAGCUGUGUUCCUCGUAAGAUAGACGCCUUCUGGAUGUUGAGGAUGAUGUCAAUCCGCGCCGGACAAACCCUAGUGAGGACAAAUCCGCCCGUGAGCAACCCACCAUUCAUCAGACAGAGCACGCCCCUUUGAAUCUCAUGAACAUGAGCUAUUUUUCCAUCAUAUACUUUCUACUAUAUUUUCUGGAUUAUUUAGUGGUACUGUCUAUAGUCAGGUUUUAUUUAUAUACUGGAAAACCCAUUUGAAAAUCUUCUAAUGCGUACCCUUAUCUUAAAAAUAUUUCCUAUUAUGUUUCCGUUAUCAUAAAUUACUACCUUUAUUUAUCUGUCACAAGUUGGGAUUUGGAAGAAAUGCUCGAGAGAUCAAAUACCUGUUUCCAAUCGAUGAACAUGUUAUCAUUAAAACAGCAGGCCGCAGAAUUUAUGCUUGUAUUGGUGGAAUAAUUUUAUUGAUAUUCUCCCUUUUUCUUCUUCUUCGUCUUCUUCUCUUAUGAUUUCUAGCUUUCUAUGAUUUUUGAUAGCUAAUGCAUUUCAGGUAUGCUUCGGAGCCGAGCAUCAUCCGUUUUGCAAAGAUUGCCAUGUUGUUGAGCGAGAAGACCGUCCGAGAUGUGGCCUUGAGAUCCAGAUGGAUGACUGUGAGUAGUUCUGUGCCAUUGGUAGGUUGCUCAUGGUGGAGUUAUAAUCGAAUUUCCUCUGCCGAUAAACCAAUAAAAAGGAAUAAUAAUAAUAAUAAUAAUAAUAAUAAUAAUAAUAAUACCUGUUUUGGAUGUUUCCCUUUGCCGGUAAUUUUCAUUUGAGCUAUUUGGAGGAUGAUAUCUACAUCGACCACUGCAGACUCCUCUCUUUUUAUGAGCCUCUUUUAUCUUUGAUUGAAAUUUUUUUCAUAAAAUACUGAUGGGCACUCUAUGUUCGUUGCCUGGAGUUUUUCCGCCCAUUAUUUUAUUGGUUUUAAUUAAAUGGAUUUAAGGAAAAAUCAUGGCAAGAAGUAGGAACCAAAAAAAAGGAAAAUAAUUUCGUGAUGGGUUUUGAUUAGAAGAGCUUUGUUCUAUGAAUUUAUUUUUUUUCUGAAAUUGAAGUGGAAUAAAUGCUGAUUCUAUAGCGUGACUUAUCAAGGCUCAUCGAAUCUUUGAAGCUUUUAUGAGCGGCCGUAUUUUUACAUUUAUUCUGCUUAUCUUCUCAUACAAGAUUCUUUAGAGCCCCCUUCAUAGAUUAACCGAGGUUUACCAUUCAGAUAUUAAAUAUUGUUCACUUCAGAAUCUUAUAUUUAUAUUUAUUUAUAUCUAUUUAUAUUUUUAUAUUUCCGAAGUAGUUCAGUUGCAGGUUUUUUUUUUGGGUAUCAGGAGCACAUUAUUUUGCCAAAUUUUUUUAUUAUCAUUUGAGUUCAGAUCUCCAUUUUAUUUGAUUGUUGAAGCCAUAAACCCUAGAAAAAUGACUUGAUCUGCUUUGAUUUAUCUCGUAUACUGCCUUUGUUCCCUACCCAGAUUCCUGAACUAUACUAUGAUAAUUAACCGAUUUAAUGUCGGAUCGAUUGAACUAUAUUAUGCUCUAUGAGAUGGAUAUAAUCAUGCAUUUGAGAUUUGCUCUGGUUCUUUGCCAAGAUUGACCAUUCAUGCACAUAGUCUACAAGCAUGGCUUCUUUAAAGCAUAUGCUGAAACUGUCACAUUCUCCCAAGUUUAUUCCCUUAAAUGGGAAGUAUAACGAUGGGUCUGAGCUAUGUGCUUUGCAUGUGAUGGGAAUCUGAGUUUUUUAAUGGAGAGGCAUGUGAUCCGUCUCAUGAUCUGCCUGUUUCUGUGCAGAGAAAGGAAAAUGGCAAGAGGAAGAAAGACGACCAUAACAGUUCCAAAAAGAACAAUAAAAAGGUGAGGGGAUCGCUCUUGUACAUGUAUAUAUAUAUAUAUAUAAUUAUUUUCCUGCUAAAGAAAUCUGAGAGAGAGAGAGAGAGAGAGAGAGAGGGGGGGGAUAGCAAGAGGAAGAAAGACGAUCAUAAUAGUUUCAAAAAGAACAAUAAAAAGGUGAGGAGAUCGCUCUUGUACAUGUGUAUAUAUAUAUAUAUAUAUAUUAUUUCUUUCUUUCUUUAUUUAUUUAUUUUCCUGCUAAAGAAAUCUGAGAGAUAGGAAGAGAGAGAGAGAGAGAGAGAGAGAGAGAGAGAGAGAGAGAGAGAGAGAGAGAGAGAGAGAGAGAGAGAGGAAAAUGGCAAGAGGAAGAAAGACGACCAAAAAGGUGAGGGGAUCGCUCUUUUAUAUAUAUAUAUAUAUAUAUAUUAUAUUUUUACUGUUUUCCUGCUAAAGAAAUCCGAGAGAGAGAGAGAGAGACUGAGUGUGUUGAGUCUGCUUUUCAGGGGGUAUCAGAUACUUCAGCAAAGGCAUCUCAGAUGGCAACGCGACCUGGUGUCCCCCCAUAUCCACUCCUACUCCCGAUGGACAAUGAUGAUGAAGUUUCAUCCAAGGGUAUUCCAUCUAUGCUCUCUUCUAUUAUGCCAUCAAAGGAGAAUUUUGAGAAUUUUAGAGAGAGAGAGAGAGAGAGAGAGAGGGCAUUGGAACAUGAAUAUGACGUUGCUGUUUUUUUUCCUUUUUUGGUUAAGAAAUCAAAUUCAUACCCUUUUUCCCUGAUCAGUUUCUUCGUCUGAGGCUGUCUUGACUUGGGUCUCAAUAGCUUCUUUCAAAGUCUGUGCCAAAUGAAUUGGCUUGCAUAGCCGUCUAGAUUCAUGAGAUAAAUCCCUGUUUUCUCCUCUGCGUCCCUUUUUAUAGAUAAAUUUGGAUGGAAUUUUUAAAAAAAUAAAAAAAUAGAAAAAGAGACAAUGUUAUUAUAUUUUUGCAGCAAUCGGAGGGGCGACCGGGGAACUUCUAGAGCGGAACGCUCAGUUUUUCAACCAAAUAUCCGCAAAUUUUGUUUCUUAUCAGGUAAAGUGUGUGGAUUAGAUCCAAAAGGGUCUGUUUUCCAGGCUCUUAGAGUUAUUUAUUUAUUUAUUUAUUUAUUUUAUUGCUGAACAAAGAUCAACUUAAUGCAUUAAAUAUUGCCGGACUACUUAUAGGUUACUUAGGAAAAUAAAACAUAGAUAGAUCUGCCCUUGUAGUUCAUAUUUUAUUGCUAUCAUUAUUAUUAUUUGUAUUUUCUCUUAUUAUUGAUAGAAAAAAAAAUUGAGUUUUUCCAAGAAUCUAUAUGAGUAUCCGCUCAUAGAUCAAUCUCACUCUAUUUCUCUCUGCUGCAGGUACAGGAAAACAUUAAUCUUUUUUGCCAAAUACGGGAUAAUAUCCAAACCAUCAUAAAUGAGUACGCUCCUCUCCCCUCUCUCUUCUUAUUUUGCCAUCCAUCGCCCAUUCUCUCCCCUCUGUGAUGCCCAUCAAUGGAAUUGCCCCAUCUAAGAGGGAGAGAGAGAGAGAGAGAGAGAGAGAGAGAGAGGGGAGAAUUUUCGUGACUAAGCUCAUAUUUGUGCCCUGUUCUCUCCCUUGAAUGGUGAGCUUCCGUUGACUUACGAUGCCAAUUCCCAUCCAUCGAUGCUCAUUCAUCUUCCACAUCCAUCAUCUACUCAAGAACCCUAGGCGUGGUGCGCAUUCCAUGGGACGAAUAGUUGACCAGAUUUGAUCACGAUGCAGCAUGAACGAGAGCGGAGUGAUGGAUCAGAUGCCGGCCCUGCCCAAGGUCAACGAGGAGCUCGCCAAUUCCAUCAUGCACACCGGGAGUUCCAUGCCGAUGCAGUCGUGA